CAGAAGUGUCUUCCUCUUCCUCCAUUGGUCGGAUUCCGCCAUUAAAGGCUCUAAAUGUUACUCCUCGGUGACUCACCAAGAGAUCAAAGAGGCAAGAAUUCAGUCUCAACUCUCAAGCCCUUCCCUUCUAUUCUACCAUGCAAGCGAUCACCGAAAGCUGUUACUCUGAGGGGAAGCACGUGGCCCUCUUGGCAUUCCCAUUCGGCAGCCACCCAUCGAGCAGCCUAACUCUGCUUCGUAAACUAGCAACUGCUGCCCCGAACAUUCUCUUCUCAUUCUUAAACACACAAAACUCCAACCAUUCAAUCCUCUCAAAAACAAAAUCCGACGACGACAUCGUUCCACACAACAUAAAGUUCCACGAUGUCACUGACGGAGUGCCGGAGGGUCACGUGCUUACUGGAAACCCAAUAGAGCCUCUAAACCUUUUCCUCAACGCCAUGCCGGAGAAUCUCAGAAAGGGGAUAGACAUGGCAGAAGCAAAGACCGGUAAGAGAAUCACCUGCUUGCUCUCCGAUGCCUUCUUAACUUGUGCUUCGGGGAUUGCCGAGGACAUGAAUGUUCCAUGGAUCCCUAUUUCGUCAUGUUUGCCUUCCGCUCUCUCUGCUCACGUUUAUACCGACCUCAUUCGUGAGUGUUGUGGCAAGGGUAGAAGUGGAAAACUGGAUUUUAUUCCGGGGUUGUCGGCCAUGCAUGUUGCUGACUUGCCAGAGGAGGUGCUGUCUCCGUCGGCCGGCGACGAAGAAGAGUCACCUCUCUCACGCACGCUAAGUCAAAUGGGAUCGGUGCUGCCACGAGCUAGUGCUAUAAUUAUGGGUUCCUUCGAAGAACUAAACCCUCCCCCUCUCAAUCAUGAUCUUAAAUCAAAGUUUAAGAAUGUUCUUUAUGUCGGAGCUCUCUCCCUCUCAUUGCCACCACUGCCUUUACCACCUUCCACUUCUGAUCUGACGGGCUGCCUUUCGUGGUUGGAUGGUAAGAAAUGUGGAUCAGUGGCGUAUAUUGGAUUUGGAACUGCAGCUGCUCUGCCGCAUGAUGACCUAAUAGCAAUAGCUGAGGCACUCCAAACGAGCGAAACUCUGUUUAUUUGGUCUCUUAGCAAUAACUUAAAGGAAUUCUUGCCAGAAGGGUUUCUUGAGAAGACUAGGAUGCGUGGAAAAGUAGCGCCAUGGACACCCCAAAGCCAAGUGCUGGCGCAUGCUUCUGUAGGUGUAUUUGUGACGCACUGUGGAGCAAACUCUAUUUACGAGAGUAUUGUAAAUGGGGUACCACUCAUCUGCCGGCCGAUCUUUGCCGAUCAUCACAUGAUGGGACGGAUGAUAGAGGAAGUGUGGGGAAAUGGCAUCAUAGUUGAGGGUGGUGUAAUUACGAAGAAUCGGUUGCUCAAGAGCUUGGAAAUCGUUUGGGGACAUGAACAAGGGAAGGUGAUUAGGGAGAAGGCCCAAGCCCUUAAAAAGCUUGUGUUACAAGCUACUGGUCAUGCUACACAAGAGUUCAAUAGUUUGGUGGAGCUAAUAUCUGCGUUUUAAUUCAAGUUGGCUUUUCUAAUGAGCCUUAGGAUUACCUAAAUGCUGAAUAAAAUAUGUUUGAUCUAGUUUUUUUUA